UUUCAGUGUAACCAUGAAACGUAUCUGCCUCUUAAAACCAAUGGAGCCAGAGCAUCAAACCAUACAUUUGAGCUCGGGUAAAAAUAUUAUUGGGCGCCAAAAAGAAACCGGUAUACGGGAUGCCAAAUGUUCCAGGCAACAAGUCGAAUUAGAUGUGGAUAUGGAAAAGGCGAAGGUUAAACUUAAGGUUCUUGGACUAAAUCCAUGCGGUAUAAAUGGCUUGAUGGGCAUGCAACACACUGAAUGUGAAUUGCAGCAUGGUGAUAUAUUGGAAAUAGUUUAUGGUAGGCAUCCAUUUGAAGUACACUUUAAACCUCCGCCAGAGAUGGACAAACCCAUAGAAAACUUAGAUCCAAAAGAUCUAGAAAUUGAUGGUAAAAUCACAGAAGAAACGUCAGCAGACACUUGGAGUGAUGUGGAAAAUGGCAAAAUGUUGGUGUUUACCAGCAAAGGUGUCAAGGCUUCCGAUAAAAUUGCCUCAUACGAUAUGGAUGGUACUAUUAUUAGAACCAAAUCAGGCAAUGUUUUCCCUAAAACAUGCGAUGAUUGGAUGCUUAACUAUCCAGAGGUGCCGAAGAAACUUAAAUCAUUAAAAGAAUCUGGUUUUAAAAUAUGCUUCUUCACAAAUCAGGGUGGCAUUGCAAAGGGCAAAACUGAUUUGAAUGAAUUUAAGCAAAAAAUAAAACAAAUUAUUGCCAAGCUGCAAGUACCGGUACAGGCAUUUAUAGCCAUUACAGAUGGCUAUUAUCGUAAGCCAUUGCCCGGAAUGUGGGAACAUUUGGAAAAACAUGCCAACGAUGGCAUUCCUAUUAAAAAAGAAAUAAGUUUUUAUGUUGGUGAUGCUGCUGGGCGGCCGGAAUUGGGCAAAGGCAAGACAAAACGUAGAAAAGAUCAUUCAUUGGCCGAUCGUCUAUUUGCCCAUAAUGUAGGUUUGACAUUUUACACACCCGAGGAACAUUUUUUGUCGACGAAAAAGGAAGAAUGGAUAAGACCAGAAUUUGAUCCUACCAAAGAUUUCGAGAGUCUUUCGUUAUUAGAACCCAAAGAUGCUAAGCUACCGGCUGACCAAUGUGAAAUGAUAAUUAUGGUCGGUCUACCGGGAUCAGGAAAAUCACAUUUUUGCAAGAAAACUCUUGCACCACUGGGCUAUACAAUUGCCAAUGCUGAUACCGUGGGCAGCGUGCAGGCAUGUUUGAAAAUCUGUGAAAAUGCUCUAAUGUCAUCAACAUCCUGUGUUGUGGAUAAUACAAAUGUCGAUAUGGAAAGUCGAAAACGAUUUGUAGAACUUGCCAAAAAACUGAACGCACAAUGUCGUUGCUUUGUAAUGAAUGUAAGUGUGGGUCAGGUAAAACAUAAUAUAGCAUUCCGCCAACUAACCGAUGCAAAACAUACAAAAAUUAAUGAUAUGGUUUUAAAUAUGAUGAAAAAGAAAUUCACACCGCCUCAACGGGAGGAGGGAUUUGCGGAAAUAGUUAAGGUUAAUAUAAAACCAGAUUUUGAACGUGAUGAUUGGAAACGUCUUUACGCAAUGUAUUUGGUAGAUAAAUAA